UGACGCAGACUCUAAAACCUCUGAAACGAUUCUUUAAAUUUUUUUAAAAAUCUCUCUGUCCUCUAAAUUCUACUUUAAACAUCAGAGGCGUUAAAGCUUUUUCUCAUUCAAACACUCAUCAAACCAUAAAACCUCCAAUGGCAAUUUAACAAGUUUGUUCAUUUACAAACUCUUCUCAGCAACCUCUCAGUGCAAUAUGUACAAGAAUCAGUUGCAAGAGCUAGCACAGAGAAGCUGUUUCAGCCUCCCAUCAUAUACUUGCACAAGAGAAGGACCAGAUCAUGCUCCAAGAUUCAAAGCUUCUGUGAACUUCAACGGCGAAAUAUUUGAAAGCCCAACUUAUUGUUCCACUCUCAGACAAGCUGAGCAUUCAGCUGCCGAAGUUGCUCUCAGUGCUCUCUCUUCAAAGGGUCCUUCUAAGUCUCUAACUGCUAGAGUUCUUGAUGAGACUGGGAUCUACAAGAAUCUGCUUCAAGAGACAGCACAUAGAGCUGGUCUUGACCUACCGGUUUAUACAAGUGUGAGAUCAGGACCUGGUCACAUCCCAACGUUCUCUUGCACUGUGGAGCUUGCUGGAUUAAGAUUUAGUGGAGAAUCAGCAAAGACUAAGAAGCAAGCUGAGAAGAAUGCUGCUAUUUCAGCUUGGUUCUCCUUGAGAAAAAUGCCAACAAGCUUGGACUCUCAAAGAGGUGAAGAGAAAGAACGAGAAGUAGUUGCAAGAGUCCUCUCAAGAUUUAGACCCAAAGAAGUGAGAAGAAGAGAACAACAUCACUCAAGAAGAAGAGCAAUCCGACAAGACACAACAACCACAAGAGAUUUCUUGUGUGAAAAGCUCAGGUUGAUUAGUCCAUAUACCGAAGAAGCUUCAUCAUCAUCAUCAUCAGCAAAACACAACCAAACACUACCACCGAGAUUCUGGUCUUCAACAACAGAUCUCCAACAACAACAAGAAUGCAAAGUCAAAUCAUUGCUAGAGAAGUCUAAAGAACAUGCAGGGCUAAAACAGAGGAGCCCAGAUGAUGAUGCAAAGCCAGAGAUGAUAGUAAAGUCGUUUCCUUUGUCUUUUAAUCCACCAUCGUCGUCAUCAAUGGAGAGAAGAAGCUGUUACAGUAAACUUCUUCCUUUUCCGGAGAUGUUUGCUGGAGGUUUAGGGUUAAACCAUCAGAAACUCGCUCCAGCUGUUCAUAUGAGAUCAGUGAUUCCAGUUUGUUCAGCUCCUCCACCUAAACCACCAUCGAUGCAGUUCAAUGAACCCAACACAUCUUCUUGUUCUGCUCCAAGCUCGUUGGGAAUCAAAGGGCAAGAGAAGAAGUCUCUGAGAUGGGAGAUGAUCGAAUCAAAAAUCAGUUCCAACCCAUGAUUAAAGGUUGUGUCUUUAGAUAAACCCAUGUUAGGGAUUUGAUCAUAAAUUAGUUAUGGGUUUUGUGUAUGUUCGUCGUGUUCCUUUGACUUUUUUUUGAAAUAUUUACGGCCUGACAUGAAUUCAAUGCUCUGGAUUGUAUUGCACGUAGAACAAAAGGAAAGAGAUUUUCAAAAAAAUAAAAACAAAAAGAAAGAGAGGGUCAGAGAGGAGCAAUAAAUGUAGGAGAAGAUGAAAGAAGAAAACAAUUAAUGGCAUUUUGUUUUCGCCAUUAAUGCGCCGAUUGCUCUGCUUCUCCUUCCUCUCUCUCUCUCUCUCUCUCUCUCUGACUCUCUCAUUCAUGCCUCUGUUUUAACUUGGUUUGUUUUUGUCUUUUUAAAAAUACUGUUAAACGGCUACGUAGCCGUAACUAUAGUAAUAACUUUUUUUUGUUGA